ACUUUGUACCUUUUUGUUGACCUCUUCAUCAUCAAGAGGUUUCAGUUAUAUUCUAAUCCUCGAGUUUUGAAGAUGGAAAUUGGUUACGUUCCAUAAUACAACUUAAACAAAGAAACCAGGGAAAAAUGGAUUAAUUCAGUUAAUAAACAUCCUACUUGUGUCUCUGUGUAUGUAAAGAAUGAAAAUGAUGGAGAUGUGUUUGUCAUUUUCACUUAUCAGUCAGUACAUUAAUUUAUCACAGUUAAUGUUUCAUUGGUAAGCAUGGAAUCUGAACCCAUGAUCAACUUUUACCAAGGGAAUGUGAAGCUGUAUUAAUUGAAUAAUAAAAUCUAACUUAUUUUAAUUUUUUUUCAUCUCAUUCCAGGGCAGGAUGCAGCAAAAAUAGCAAAGUAGAGAGGGUUGGCACUUCCCAGGGUAACAUGAAGUCUAGAUAGAUAGAACUGGUAGUUGAGGGCUUAUUGUCUUUGGCUUCCCAGGAAGGGUAGAUGGAUAAUGGACUCACUGACCAUUCAAUCCUCUAUUUCACUAACGCCAAACUCUCCAUGUUUUAUACUCUUGUCUUCCCUCCUUGUUUGAGAAAUCGAAAUUUCUCUCACUAAUCUACCACUACCGGCUAAAAGCAUCUCUCCCUGGCUUUGUUUCUGUCUGUCUUUUCUUGCUGUGGUAAUGGCUCCUAAGAAGGAUGGAGUGAGUAAAAGGGUUAUGAACAAAGGAUCAUGGACAGCUGAGGAAGAUAGAAAACUGGCUGAAUAUAUUGGGAUUCAUGGUGCAAAGAGAUGGAAAACAAUCGCAAUUAAAGCAGGUUUGAAUCGAUGCGGCAAGAGUUGCAGAUUGAGAUGGUUGAACUACUUGAGACCUAACAUCAAGAGAGGCAACAUAACUGAUGAAGAAGAGGACUUAAUUCUUAGGCUUCACAAACUGCUAGGGAACAGGUGGUCUUUGAUUGCUGGGAGGCUUCCAGGGCGAACAGACAAUGAGAUUAAGAACUACUGGAAUUCACAUUUGAUCAAGAAAAUAAACCAGAAGGAGAAAACCAAACAAACUUCAACCUCAGAACAAACUGUGCCCCAGAAGACUUGGGAAACAGUCCGGAUGGAAGAAGAGGUAGCAAAAGGAAGUGAUGACAACUUUGAACUUAGCUUUGAUGUAAACGACUUCUUUGACUUCUCAAGUCAAGGUUGCUUUGGUUUGGAAUGGGUGAACAAGUUUCUUGAACUUGAUAAUUAUGAAGAUCGAUAGCAACUGUAUAAGUUUGUAAUAAACGUGUUUCCUCUGAAAUAAAUAAGUUCAUAAAUAAAAAGAUGUUUGAAUCAAAAGUACUCUUUUGCUGCAUUAGUCUAGGCUGUAGCCAAAUGUUUGUUGAACACCGAUGGGUUGCUUGCUAAAAUUCAUGUCACAGCCUGCCAGAGAUCCAGUUGGCUCUCUGGUAUUAGGCCUGGUGGCUUUCAGCCAACCACUUGUGUAAGAAUGUGAAUUAGUUAAUUUUAAAGCUUAAAAUUUGUCUUGGAAUCAUUAUUUUAAAGUGAAUAAAAACGAAAAAGUAAAUAUUGUUGAUGUGCUGAAAUUUCUUACAUCAAUUUUCAGUUGAUUUCCCCGCAGAAAAUUGAGGCCAAGAUUUCAGUGGGUCAAUGUCAAAACUAAUCAUAAAAAAAAACAAGGGUCAAGGUCAGCCGUGAGAUUUAGACACUUUAGAUUCGAUUUUUGUCAGUCCAGUUGAAUCCUAUCCUAUUGGAAAGCCAAAACUAUAAAAACGUGUAACGUGCUGAACACCAAAUCUCUUACAGUAAUAAAAAGAAUGAUAAAGAUGCAUGAUAAUUUUGGGUUUGUACGGUUAACCAGCUUGAAUUUGUAAGAGUAUGACGACAAGUUGAUUAGCAUUAAGAAAAGACUUGGAAUUGAUAGGCAUUAAUGAAGCUAGAUCACGGUGAAACUGAAACAUAAAGUGAAAAACAGAAGUUGCUCACUGUUUAAACCUCUCUACUGAAUCCUAAAGUAUGAUUCGAGAACAGCAAAGUCCUAAGACAAUGCACAUGUUGAACUUGUGCGGUAUAACCUCAUAGUCUCCCUAUAACUUAUUCCGAAUGAUUACAAAUGUUGCCUUUGGUUUUCCCUGCAGCGGGAAAAAGAAAAGAUCUAUCAUCCAUGGUCUUAUCAUUGAAAGUUAAGGUCAUAAUCCAUGAGCGAGAAAAUUUAUGUAACAAAAAAUUCAAAUAAAUAAUUAAGCUAUACCUCUAUCAACAAUUUUUAUUCUGGCAUCGGCAUUUUCAUUCCUGUUUCUAGCUACAAACACUGAUUUCUGAACAUGGGACCAGCUCACAAGGCAGUAAAAAUUACGUUGCAAUCUUUAUCUGAUUGACAGCUAAGCCUUCCAAUUCUGUCAACUGAUUCUUGCCUAAUCAGGAGUUUUGGCCCUUUUAGCUGUCCAUCUUCGUGGCAAAUGUUCCCUCGUAGAAAAACAAGUU